GCCCCGAACCCACAGGGCAGCGCUCCUCCCCCGCCCCGACGACCCAUCGCCAUUCCCCACACGCUACCCGACUGCCACUCAGCUCCGCCGCCCCCAACCUCGCGCUCGGUGGGCGGAAGCGCACGAUGGCGCCCAAGCGGCCGCUGGAGACCGUGCUGCCGGAGCAGGAGGGGCCGCGGUCCCCGAGGAAGCGGCUGCGCCGGACGGUGCUCCUCAUGAUGUGGCUGGAGAGGAGGAGGGCGAGCCCGGUCACCGUCGAGCAGCUGGCCCAGAUGGUUCGCCAGGCGCAACUGGAUUUGAUGAAACUGUUUAUUCUCUUCACGGUGCUUGUCGCGCAGCUUGGCUCCAUGGAGAGGCUGCUCCUCGACCUCCCCAGCAAAAUCCAGAGAUUGUUGGCGGAGCAGCUUGCUUCUUUUCAGUUUCAGAGUUCUUUGAUGGUAUCCAUACAAGAUACGAUUCGAUCGACAGUACAGACAGAGAUGCAGGGACGACAAGCAGCUUCGCUUCCUAAUGUCAUCAAUGUGCCUCCUAGGCAGAUGUCAGAAGGUUUUCCUGAAACUGGAGGCAUCUCCAGAGUCAAGCUGCGCUUUGUCCAUGUUGACAGACCAGACGAUCCACUUUUCACUGGUUGCCCAGUAAAAUGGCAGAAUGGACGAAACGCCAUGGUAGCGAUAUUUGGAAAUGAUAGGCAAAUCAUGCAGGGCGGCCUUUCUAAAUUGCAAAUUGAGAUUUUAGCAGUCCAUGCUGAUUUCUUUACUGAGCAAGGACAGGAGGACUUCACCACAGAGGAAUUCAACAAGCAGAUAUAUAUGCACAAAGGGAAAGAGUUAGUGUUGACAACUGUUAAUCUAAUGAAUGGCGAGGCCUCUCUUGGUUCCUUCCAUUUUCCAGAGAGCUCCCAUGGGAAAAAGUUAAGAUUGACAGCACGAGUGAAAAGGCAGGUUCGUACUACCAGAGUUCAGGAAGCAAUCAGUGAUCCUUUUGUCGUCAAAGACCGCCGAAGCGAAUUAAAUAAAAAGAGCUAUCCUCCGUCUAAAGAAGAAGCGGUACAUUGUUUGGAGAAAAUUUCUCUAAAGGGAAAACAUUGUGCUAUCCUUGUUGAAAACAAGAUCAGUACAGUGAAGCACUUGAUGCGUCAUUAUCAUGGAGAUGAAUCCGGUCUCCAAAAGCUUACUGGCAUGAAGAAGGGGGCUUGGAAUACCAUGAUUAAUCAUGCCACCACGUGUGUUCCUGGGAAUGAGAUAUAUUCCUAUUGGGUUCCAGAGGAUAAAUGUGAAAUCGUAUUCAAUGAUUUAUAUGGUCUCGUUGGUAAGAUGACUGAUGAUGACUAUGUUCCGUACAGUGCCAAUGACGUCGAUCAGUUUCCGCAGCAUAAAGUGAAGAACUGGAAAAAUUCUGCAUAUAAGAAGUUUGACGAGCGCGAAAGCUCAGGGCAUCUUACCCCUGAUUACUUCAUGAUCAAUGGCCGCCCAGUCCGUGCAGUGCCCCAUGAUGUGGGUCCUUCGGUUCAAGAAUUUGGUGAUCGACGUCCAUUGAAUGGGUACUCACAGGCGGCAGUCCUGUCAAACAACGACGCUGGUCCUUCAAACCAAGAAACACUGCCGUUUUCACAGCCCACAUAUGAACAGAGUGUGCAUCAAGGACUUGGCCAGCACGAUCCUUGUACGUCACAGAGCGGAACUCCUUACUAUCUGCCCCAGGGAAAUUUCAUAAAUGAUCAGGGACAGGGAUCAUUUUCAGCAGAGCCAACUGUUCCGUCCCACAUUCCUGUACCAGUUCCAGAGGAUGACCAGAUCACAUUCACAGCUGCAAGUCUAACUGGCCAACAGAAUGGACACUUCAGCCUCUCGACAACCGAUGCUCCUGUUACUUCUUAUCCUGUAGCAGGUGUUGCUGGGACUUCCUCAGAUGGAGUUAGUUUGGGAACCUCUUCACCUAACCAUGUGCAGACUGACAUGCUCAGUGGGUUAACUCCGAUUGAAUUCCAGGUAUGGCUAGAACUACAAGCACGUCUGGCAGCCCAGGAUUUUGCACAAGUUAACAGCGAACUGCCGAAUUCCGACAGCCAAUUUCAUGGUUAUGAACAUGAUGGUGGCGACCACUGACUAAACAUGAAGCAACUGCAACAGGCUGUCCUCUACCAUAGUCAAGUAUUCAGUGUAACUAAAAAUUUGGUUGUAGAUAUGAAUAAUUUGUAAAUAGCAACACAUAUUUUUCAGAUUGCUCCAUAUAUGCUAAAUUUGCUCCUGUUGCAGUAGACAUUAGUCUUGUACUAUUCUUAAAGAGCAACCUUUUAGAAAAAGACAGUAUCUGGCUUGCAUUGAAUUCCAAGAGCAAAUAUUCGUAUUGCA